AUGUUUGCAACCUCCCAUUAUCAUCGGUAUCGCCUCUACACUUUGCCACACGAGCCCGAGUCUUCGUGCCUGUCCAAUCAUCGGGAUCUUCUUCCGAUCCGUGAAUCUGCAAAUAAGGCCGUGCUCCACGCCGCCAAAUCCGUCAUCAGGCUCUCAUCCUCUCUAGACGGGAAGCCGCUGGCCAACUGCUGCGGUUUGUGGAUCAAAUGGGACGCGGAGAGCAAGACAGGCAUUGUUUUGACGACCGCACAACUGAUUCGCUCCAACAACUCGAAGCACUCAACGUAUACCAUAGCAAACCACUGGGAAGAAGGUGCAGACCAGUACCAUAUUAAAGCUAACGUUAUUGUUCACCUGCUGGAUGACACCACUGUACAAGGCCACUACCUCUACCACCAGGAGCAUUAUGAUCUUGCCUUUUUCGAGGUCCGAGUGGAUGAACCGGUUGAUUUGCCCUCCUUCAGUAGCAGCGUGCAUUCUGGUCUAGACGUUUUCAGGCUUGCAAGAGAUGUCCAUAUGAAUUUAAGGAUAACCCACGGCUGGGUGGAGGAUCGGAAUCCAGGAAGCAAUGAGAGGCAUCACUCCAUGUACUUUUCCCAUCAAAAAACAGAUUAUCAUCCCCGUAAAGAUUUUAAUAAUUGUGUUUACCAUGUGAAAAAGGAAGAUUAUCCGUGCAAUGAGGAUGGAGGAUCCAUCAUUGAUUUGGAUGGGAAGGUCGUUGGACUGUUUAACAAGCACCCUACGAAAUCUUUUGUACCGUCUUAUAUCUUGGAUAAAUGCUUGGAUUUGUGGCUCGAGUUUCGUGAUUGUUUCCAUGCAUGGCAUGUACAUUUCCACCUUGAUUAA